CGUAUACUCCCUGAGAGUCCCUGUGCUGUCUCUGUUGACUACAUGUGCCGCUAAUUGUGAUAAAAAACUAUUUCUAAAGCACUGAUAAAUCAUAUAAACGUAUGGAUCGUACGGUUAAUAGCAGUCAUUUGGCGACACUUACUGCUGGUGUUGGCAUUGGUUUAGUGUUAGGCUGGCUGUUGAGGUCACGACUGCACCGGUCACUUACCAAACAAUUAAUGGCCAACCGGUCGGCCAAUGCUACGGGCGAUCAAAUAUUCAACGAUCAAUGUUUGGGACCCGACUGUAAACUAGUGAUUGUCAUCAGAAAUGACUUAAAGAUGGGUAAAGGCAAGGCCUGUGCCCAGUGUUCACACGCAGCCGUGUUCGCCUAUCAGCAAAUACGUAAACAAAAAUCAUUGUUAAAGCUAUGGGAACUGUCGGGUCAACGAAAAGUUGUGGUCAAAGUAGACACCGAAGCAGAGCUGUUAGAAAUUGAAAAAGAGGCCAAACGGGCCGGUCUUAUAACAAGUCUUAUACGCGAUGCGGGCCAUACACAGGUGCCGUCGGGAUCUAAAACGGUUUUAGGUGUAGGUCCCGGUCCUCAACAAUUAGUCGACAAAGUGACCGGUCAUCUCAAACUGUAUUGACAUUUGUUACAAAUUAUUUUUAUACAUAUUUUUAACAAUUUAAGAGAUUUUUGUCAUUAACUUACUUAAUGUUUACCAUAAACUUGUUAUUAAAAAAUUAUCAUUGAUUUUAAUUUAUUUAUAUAAAAACAGAUAAAUCGAUAUUUAUUUAAAUAAUAAAAAACAAAUG